AUGGUGGCUGCUUUGAACCAUUUCAUCCGACGUUCGGGCGAUCUUUGCCGUCCCUUUUUUCGAGCAACCACCACUAGCCGACGCAGAUUCGUUUGGACCGAAGAGUGCGAGCAGGCUUUGCAAUCCUUAAAGCAAUACCUGUCCCACGCUCCUCUGCUCGUCAAGCCCCUACCCGACGAGGAUUUGUAUCUUUACCUUGCUGUUUCGGAUCACGCCAUGAGCGCGGUGCUUGUUCGGAAAGAGGGGAUGGAGCAUCAACCAAUCUCCUAUUCCAGCAGAACGAUGACGGAUUCUCAGACGAGCCGGAUCCUGAAAUUUUCACAAGACUUGGCCAAUUUCGAUAUCCAGUUUGAGCCUCGGAUAGCUACCAAGGGUCAGGCCUUGGCCGACUUCUUUGCCGAACUCACUCCUGGGUUGCAAGACGAAGCCAAUGCCUUGGCCGCAGCCGCUAAAGAAGCUCGGAUUCAGGAAGAAGAGAUCUUGGAAGGACCAUCCAACCGUCCUGCGGAGCCCCUCCGUGCUCAGUACUCCCUCGGACGAAAGAAACCAAAGCGGCAAUGGAAGCUCUUCUCUGGCGACGCUUGGCGACUGACCGUGGAUGGAGUUUCUAAUGUUCACGGGGCUGGAGCAAGCAUCGUCCUUGUGUCACCAAGUGGGACCGUACAUGAAAGCGUGGUCUCGAUUGGGUACUCGGCGACGAACAACGAAGCAGAGUAUGAAGCUCUGAUUGCCGGCCUCCAACUUGCUCUUCGGCUUGAUACAGAUUCGGUUCAUAUAUUUUGUGACUCUCAGCUCAUUAUGGGUCACUUAAACGACGAUUAUCAAGCCAAGGACCAGCGUAUGAAUGCUUACGUAAGCCACGUAUUGGCCUUGUUCAGAAGAUUUGGCCGAGUGGAAGUAGAAUGGAUCGCUCGGGAGCACAAUGCACAUGCCGACGCCCUGGCAGGUCUUGCUUCGGUUUAUAAGACCUCGGGCAGUCGCACUAUUACCUUUGACGGAGUCACAACGCCGAGCUUCGAACAGCCGUGUGAACGAGUCAUGGCAAUCUCCCUCGGACCAAGUCAACUGGAUCCAGUGAUUGAUUACUUGAAGAACCAGGUGUUACCACCGAACAAACGCGAAGCAUACAAACUCCGUUGCCGAGCAGCCAAUUUCUUCUUGGAUCCAAACGACAACCUCUACCGACGAACUUUCACUGGCCUAGAUCUGCGUGUCGUCCACGACGACCAUGUGCAGGCCAUUUUGGAGGAACUCCAUUCGGGAAGCUGUGGGGCACAUUCAGGAGGACGGUCCCUCGCACAACGCGCGCUGACACAAGGCUAUUGGUGGCCGAAGAUGGUUACACAGUCGGAAGACUACGUGAAGCGAUGUGUUCGGUGCCAAAAGUAA